AACCUUUUCUGCCAUUCUCUUGUAAAAUUGUAAUGGUUAUACAUACUUUGAAGCCAAUACAGAAUGAUAAAGUAGCUCAUUUGACUCUUUUUGUUAGGGAGAAACUAAUACAUUCGCAUUACAGUGGCUUCUUGAUUGGAAUUAAGAGCUUCUACUUUGUGCACCUCCAUUAAUGAUUGAAACGGAGGGAGAUUUUGGAUAAGGUUGUUUUCUGAGUAAGUGUUUUCCAACGGUAUAGAGAGGCAAUCUGCAAGUCUCUCUUUCUCGAUCACAGUAUUUGUCGGAUGUGGAUUGGUUUUUGGAGCUUUCUGUAUUUUACUGACAUCACUUCGAUUCGAAUCAUCCUUAGGAAGGGGUUUCCAAGACCAAAAGUCAGGACCAGGUGGCCCAACUGCAGAAAUUCUCGAUUGACGUUUAUAAGGUUAGCUGUUGAUGCUAUUAUAUUGGCCGAGGGUGCUGAGAAAAAGGAGCAAGUUGCAGCCUGGGUAGCUGAGAAGCACAUCAGUGCAUAUGCCAUGUGUUUGCCACAGAUUGAGAGUGGCACUGUCAUUCCUCCAUCUGGGUGGAAAUGUGCAAAUUGUGAUAAAAUAGAAAAUCUCUGGUUAAAUCUAACAGAUGGGAUGAUCCUCCGUGGUAGAAAAAAUUGGGAUGGAACUGGUGGCAACAACCAUGCUGUCGAGCAUUACAAUGAGACAAAAUACCCACUUACUGUGAAGCUUGGCACAAUAACUGCUGAUCUAGAAGUUGCAGGUAGUGUUCCUAUUAGUUAUUAAGUGUCUCAUACAACAUCAUGAUAUUUUUAUUUUAUUUAUUUGCUGCACUUAUGUUUCAAAAUUGUCAUCUACUUCUGUCCUUUGUCUGUCCUUUCUUCAUGUGAGUAGUAUCAUCUUCCAGAAUAAAGAAUUAAGGAUGCCAUAUUUAUGAUUCAUUGCCUUUUCUGAUUGCCAUUUCUUUUUUCAUUUGAUUGCAUAGUGUAUGAUGGUUGGCUUGUUAAUGGCCUCCAUUUUGUUCAGGCUGUGUCAGAAGGUAAAAUGUUAAUACAACAAAGGAAGGCAAAUACUUUGCCAAUGCAGGAAUGUUUUCUUUACGUUGUCUUAGUUUGUUCUCACUUGUCAGGUUACAUUGGAUGAAGCAAUUGUGAAGCUUUCCCCUGACUACUUCUGGUUGGGAGGUGGGGAGAUCUACUGAGUGGAGAUCAUUUCACCGAUGAGAAAAUUGAUGAAAUACGAGACAAAUGGGCAUCAUACUUCACCGAAUAUUGUGUCUAAUAUUAACGCUUCAUUGAUCUCUUUUUGUGGAUGUUUCAUGCUAUUAAAAUCAUAUAUAAUUGCCUUAUUAUAUUUUUGGUGCAAUUUUGUAACGUAUGAAGUGUAAAAGAUAUAGUUAUUAUAGACUUGAAACUAUUUAGGUGGUUUAUUUUUGUAAACAUAUGAUGGUUAACUUAUAUGUAAAAAUCAAAG